AGUGCCGUGCUGGAGGCCCCCGGGCAGGCAGAGCACGAUGCCUUUCCUGCACGGCUUCCGCAGGAUCGUCCUGGAGUACCAGCCCCUGGUGGAUGAGCUCCUGAGGCUGCUGGCCACGCCUGACACAGAAAAGCAGAGCUCCCUGGAGAGCCCUGCCUGCCUGGACAGUGACAGGAGCCAGCUCUCAGCUGUGAGACGAGUCCUGGAGAGGGAGACCCACUCCCCAUUUUAUCACGAAGGUGUGAGCUAUGCCCUGCUGAAGGUCACUGAGCUGGGGCUCGUUCCUGCUGCAGAAAUCCUCCUGGAAUUCGGUGCUGACCUCAGCUUUGAAGACCCUGUCACCUACUACACGCCCCUACACAUGGCAGUGCUGCGGAACCAGCCGGACGUGGUGGAGCUGCUGGUGCAGCACGGCGCCGACAUCAACCGCAGAGACCGGAUCCAUGAGAGCAGUCCCCUGGACCUGGCCAGCGAGGAGCCCGAGCGGUUGCCGUGCCUGCGGCGGCUGCUGCAGCUGGGAGCCGAUGUCAAUGCUGCUGACAAGAACGGGAAGACAGCACUGCUGCAUGCCCUGGCCAGCAGUGACAGUGGCCAGAUCCACAACACCGACAGCAUCCGUCUCCUGCUGGAAGGAGGCGCAGAUGUUAGGGCUGCCACCAAAGAUGGUGACACUGUCUUCACCUAUGUCAUCUACCUGCUGGGAGAGAUGGCGUACAGCUACACCGAGGAGGAGGCCGAGGACAUCGAGCGCUUCUGCUUCCGUGUCACGCAGCUGCUGCUGGCCCACGGUGCCAACCCCAGCGAGUGCCCAGCUUCAGAGUCCCUCACACAUUUCUGCUUGAAAAGCUUCAAAGACUAUUUCCCACUGCUGCGGUUCCUGCUGGAGUCAGGUGCUGCCUACAACUGCUCCCUCCAUGGUCCCUCGUGCUGGUCCGGCUUCCACAUCGCCUUUGAGCACCUCUGCUGGCACCUCAGUCGCUUCGACGAUGAAACUUAUUCCUCAGACCUCAUCCAGAAGGGUCAGACUCUGCUGGAGCUCAUGAUGGCCAGUUCACAAGCCAUCCAACUGCCCAGAAAUUUUGAGGUCAACACCAGCAGCUGUAGGUUCCAUGGGGAGAAGGUCCAGACUCUGUUCUGCUCUCUGAAGCAGCUGGAGCGUUCGCCACAGGCACUGAAACACCUCUGCAGGGUGUUCAUCAGGCAGCGCCUGAAACCGUGGCCUGUGGAUGACAAAAUCAAGGCUCUGCCUCUCCCAGACCGGCUGAAGUGGUACCUCCUCAUCGACCACGCUGCUGCUGGGCACGAGGACCUGUGAGCCUGACAGUGCCUCUGUCUGCUCCCUCCACAGCCCUGCUGGGACUACUGCCACCCUAUCUCUGCUCUGAGACAGUUUUCUCUGCAGCAAGAGGUGCUGCCCAUGGAGUCCCUCUCUGUGGCAUUCUGAGGGUGUUUUCUUGGGUACAGCGUCACACGUGUGUUUGUGAAGGUCUCGCUGCUCUGGGGCACGUCAUGGGAAGGCAGGCAGAGCUCCUGGGCAUGGGGGAGCUGGAUAUUGGGGCUGGUUUGGAAGGAGAUUAAGCAAAGACUUGGGGACAGGAUCAGUGGGUUGGGGGCUGUGACUGGACAGGCAGCCUGUCCCUUUUCUCCCAGCCCUGCUAUGAGUGGUGCAGUGCCUUAGGUGUCCAGUGGAGCUGAGAGAUGCCUCAGAAGUGCUGGGAAAAGGAAAGUGUUCUGGCUUUCCUGCCUCUGGUCCUGGUGGUGGAAGCAGGUCUGGCAUCAUCCUGUGGCUGUGGAUGCCUUCCUUGCUCAGUAUGGACUUCUGACACCAGGGAUGGGAGGGAAGGGAAGUGGGGCUGGCAGCAGUACCUGACUGCUCUGUUCCCUUUGAGUUUCUGCACCCCAUCCUGGCACAGAGGACCAUCCACCAAGGAUAUCUCAAGAGGUACUGGGCUGCAAAACACACAAAAGGAUGAUUCCUAAUUUCAUGGUGCAUUCCCUGUGCAAGGAUGAGGAAUGGGCAGUCAGCAGCUGAGUGCCUUGUGC